AUGGGUAAAAUUGAUGGAAAAGAUGGCUUUGUCUGCAAUAGAAACACUAAAGUAUGUCAUGAACAUUUUAAGAAGGACGACAUUUUAAGAGUACCUGGAGGAAAACGCUGGCGAUUAAAACAAGGUGCCGUCCCCUUGAAAGUAGGGCACGAAGAAGCUAUCAACAAGAAACGAAAGCCACCAGCAAUGAGAAGGGAUCUAUUUGAUAUUAAAAAGCCCAAACCCACAAGAAGCAACAAAGACGUCAACAACCUAGAAGUUAAUCGACCUGUUCAUCAACCUAAGUCUCUAGUUAGCUGUGCUUUGACAAUGGUCAACUGUGUUUAUAAGACAAUAGUUAAUGAGUUCACAAUGACUAAAACCAAGCUAGUUAAACUUGAAGAAGAACUGAAAGAUACUAAAAAUAAACUAGAAAAAAGGACAUUUGGUAUACAAGUAAUUAAAGAAAAAAAUGAUUUAUGUCAACAAUACACCAGUUUUACUGAUUACAGUAGAUUAAAAGCAUGUUUGAAAUAUCUAUCUGUUGGAGACAAAGGUGAGAAUGUCAUAGGUAGAGGUUCAACUGAAAAGAAAGGAGCCGGUGGACGACCAAGAACAUUAGGUGUAGAGGACCAGUUUAUGGUGAUGUUAAUGAAAAUUCGAACUGGGUUUUCCAAUGAUCACCUGGGAUGGCUGUUUAAGUGUGAUGCCACAACUAUUUCUAGAAUUGUAUCUAGUUGGCAGAACUACAUCUACUUGAAAUUCUGCACAAUACCAAUAUGGCCUUCGAGGGAGAAAAUAGACCAAAAUAUGCCUAAGAUAUUCAAAGAGAGGUUCCCCAAGACAAGAGUCAUCUUAGACUGCACCGAGGUUGAAGUAGAAGCACCUGAAUCACUACAUAUGAGGGCAGUUUUUUAUUCCGAUUACAAGCAUCACAAUACCUACAAGGCUCUUAUAGGAAUAACACCAGCAGGUGGACUAUCAUUUAUUUCUGAACUUUUUCCUGGCAGUAUUUCUGACAGGGAAAUUGUUUCAAGGUGCGGCAUCCUUAACCCGGCAUUCUGGUGCAAGGGAGAUGAAGUGAUGGCUGAUAAAGGGUUUAACAUCAGAGAUUUGUUGGAUGAGAUAGAUGUGAAAUUGAAUAUCCCAGUAUUUUUAGAAGACAAGGAACAAUUUUCACCUAAUGAAGUUAUCAUCAACCAGAGAAUAUCAUCCUUAAGGAUUCAUGUAGAACGUUUCAUAAGUAGAAUAAAGAAUUUUCAUAUUUUUGAUAGGCCAUUACCACUCAGCAUGCAUGGAUCUGCUAAUCAAAUAUUUACUACAUGUGCAUUUUUAGUUAUGUUUCAAAAUCCAAUAAUUUCUGUCUGA